AUGGUUUUGUCAAGUUUCGGAGGGAUUACUUUAUGGUCGAAACAUGAGGUUGCAGAGGUUACUACGGAUAUGGACUGCUUCUCCAUCCCGCGAAGCCUCAAUCCACCCCGCUACCAGGCUAUAAUUCCUGAUGACUAUCUCCCAAUGUAUCAAAUGAUUUUGGGUCUUAUCCGUAAUGUGAAACUGGUGCCUUUGUAUAUUUAUCCUGUUUGGCUGGUGGUGUUGAUCGGGUUCCUUUUAGUUACAGUGGUGAAGAAGGAGAGGUAA